GUAGCAGAUCACGACUUCUGCGGCACCUGCCAGAAAACGCAUACAUUUUUCUUCCUCGUCAGUCUUCUAUCCACCCCUAAAUCCCAUUCCAAAGCGAAAACAAGAAAACCUAUAAGAACCAAACAAACUUUCAAAUCAAAUUUAUAAUCGAAACCCGGACAUCGUUUGUUUUCAGUCUCGUUUUGAAUUAAAAGGAGAGAAAAUGUCGGCCGAUUUGACGCUGAGAUCUUCGUGCAGCGGAUGUGGAUCGACGUCGGAAUUAUACGGAAGUAAUUGCAAGCACAUGACUCUGUGCCUGUCCUGUGGCAAAACCAUGGCUGAGAACCGCGCCAAAUGCUUUGAAUGUGGCGCAAUCGUCACUCGCUUAAUUCGAGAGUAUAAUGUUCGUGCGAGUACUGUCAACGACAAGAACUACUUCAUUGGUAGAUUUGUGACUGGGUUGCCAAGUUUUUCGAAAAAGAAAAAUGCUGAAAAUAAGUGGUCUCUUCACAAGGAAGGACUACAAGGACGCCAACUUUCUGAUACCUUGCGGGAGAAGUACAAGAACAAACCUUGGGUCUUGGAGGAUGAAACUGGCCAGUCUCAGUACCAGGGUCAUCUUGAAGGUGCACAAACUGCAACAUACUACCUACUAAUGCGGCAAGGAAAGGAGUUUUCUGCCAUUCCUGCUGGUUCUUGGUUCAACUUCAACAAGGUUGCACAAUACAAGCAACUUACAUUGGAGGAAGCUGAAGAGAAGAUUAAGAAUAGGAAAAAGACCGCAGAUGGAUAUGAAAGAUGGAUGAUGAAAGCUGCAAAUAAUGGAGCUGCUGCAUUUGGUGAGGUGGAGAGAUUUGACAAGGAUAAUGGUGUGACAGGUGGGAAGGGACGGAAAAAGGCUGGUGAUGAUGAUGAUGGUGAAGGAAAUGUCUCAGAUAAAGGUGAGGAGGAUGAGGAAGAAGAGUUAGCCAGGAAAAAUAGACUGAACAAAAAAGGUGGUGAUGAUGAUGAUGAUGAUGGUGCAAGGGGAGCUGAUGCUGACUUGGAUGAUGAUGAUGUCGAGAAGGGUGAUGAUUGGGAGCAUGAAGAAAUUUUCACCGAUGAUGAUGAAGCUGUUGGCAAUAAUCCUGAGGAAAGGGAAGAUUUGGAACUUGAGGUUCCAGCUCCUCCGGAAAUUAAGCAGGAUGAUGAGGACGAGGAUGAAGAUGACAAGGAGGGCGGACUGAGCAAAUCCGGAAAAGAGUUGAAGAAGCUACUUGGGCGAACUGGUGGGCUGGAUGAUUCAGAUGCAGAGGAUGACGACGAUGACGAUGACGAUAUGGAUGAUGAUAUUGGCUUUCCUCAAGCGGCGGCACCAAAGCAAAAGGAUGCACCCAAAGAGGAACCAUCUGACAACAGUCCCUCAAAACCAGUGCCUUCUGGGUCUGCUCGAGGAACUCCAUCUACCGCCAAGUCCGCAAAGGGAAAGAGAAAAUUAAGUGCUGAUGAUGCUAAGACAUCUAACAGUGCACCUCCCAAGAAGGUGAAAAGUGAAAAUGAACAAAAAGUUUCCAUCAAAGAGGAGCCUGCAUCUGCUUCUAAAAGUAGUACACCUUCAAAAGGUACUCCAUCAGUAAAAGUGGAGCCAACAUCAUCAAGUGGACCCGUCACUGAGGAAGAAAUCAGGACUGUUUUGGUGCAAAGAACACCAGUCACCACACAAGAUCUUGUUGCUAGAUUUAAGGCAAGACUCAGAUUGCAAGAGGACAAGACAGCUUUUGCUGCGAUCCUGAGGAAAAUUUCUAAGAUACAGAAGACCACCAACGGAUCCAGCUAUGUUGUGCUGAGAGAUAAAUGAUUGCCACCCACCCCCACCCCCGAAUAUGUAAUCAGCCUUCAAACAAUACUUAUGAGGUGGCCAUGAAUUGGAUUGUGUCUUUUUUGGGUCUUUCCAA